UGUGUAUAUAUCACAAUAGGUGUAUAUAUAGGUAUUUUCAGUAUACCAACAAUAAAUUAAUUCUUACGAGUUGAUAUCUCGUUAUAGGAUUAUCAGAUUUAGGAUUACGUGGGCCGACAUUGUACAGAUACGUGUAAAUACAUAAUGGUUAGAGAUAAGAGGAGAAUUUAAUAAAUAUUUAAUUAGACAUGGCGGAAAAGAACAGAUGUGUAUUGAGUUACAUCAGUGCUAAUUCCGAUAAUUGGAUUAAUGGAAUAUAAACGUUAAUAUCUUCGUGUUCAGAAGCUGAAAAAAUGCAGUUUACGCUGUUUGUGAUUCUUCCAACCAAUAAUGACGUAUGUACUUUGCGUAAUGUUCAACAUGGAAUCUCCAUACGGGAAGUUCGCGGUCGUCUGGAACUUGAAGCCGGUCUUCCAGCGCAAAUUUACCGCCUGCAUAAUUCAGACGGACAAUACAUGCACGAAGAACACUGUCUUCUGUUGGAUCAUAACGUCUGGGAUGGCUUCGUUUUACGGACUCAACUUUUUGAGAGUUGGACGGAAUUGUAUACAAAUGUUCUGGCUAAUAGAGUUGACCUGGUUAUUAAAACCGGUGCCGUUAGAUGUAGUCACAAUAUGGCGAAAGAUCAAGAUGAACGACGUCAAGUUGAAACUAUAAUUAAAGAAAGAGGAUCGGUAGCUCUGUAUAUCGCUGCCUUUCAUGAUCUUUAUGAGAUGUGUGUUACACUUCUUAAAAUUGGUGUAAGUCCUAAUGGUCGGACCCCUUUCGGUAGAUCAUCACUGCAUGCUGCUGCCAGUAAAGACAACGACGCCAUCUUGGAUCUGUUAGUACAAGCUAGAGCUGACCUUGAUCUUAAAGAUGCCGGGGGAGAAACUGCUCUGUUGCUGGCUAGAAGAGCUUCAGCUAAGCUCUGUUCUAGGAAACUCAGAUUAUAUAAUUUAGACAAGAAUGGAUUAAGACCCAUAAAUGGCAUGGUUAAAAAUAUCAAAGUUAAUAUGCCAAAUGAUCAAAAGUUUCAAAAUAAGAAUGAUAAAAACGAAGCUACCCCAGUGCACCUGCCUAAACCACCGACGAACAGGCGGGAAGGCCUUGAAAAGGGCGGGAAAGUACGCGAUACUAGACAGGGUGAACUUUCUGGUCGUUCUAGUUCUCAAUGUUUUGUGUGGGAUAUCGAAGACGAUGCUAGAAAACAGUCGACUUCUCAAUUACGCGUUCAGACGGCAGUGAACACAAAACGAAAUGCCGUUAGAUGGAAAGAUGCGCCAUCUUUAAUUGAAAUUCGAAGACAUCCACCAAACUUAAGAGGCAAAUCAGCAACUUAUCCCAACACAAUUCUUAAAAAUACCACAUACACUGACAAUACCGAAAAAAGGAACAAUCUUAUUCGAACAUUAAGUCGUGAAUCGUUAGAGUCGAAUUCUUCUACGAUUAAAUCCGAGGCGGCACCGAGUCAGCCUGACAGUGAAAUGACGUUAAUGUCAGCCCCUGGUGAUGGUCGGCAACUUAAUAAUUUUGAUGCCAGAAGUGUAGAAAGUGCUCCAGCUAUGACGUCAGCUGAACCAACUAAAGUCAGUUCAUUGAAAGGUUCGCGAGAAAAAGGCAGUGUUCGGUUGCUUCCAUUUCGACGAAAACAAAAUGAAGGACCAGCUUCGAGAGCUAAACGACAAAUCAGAAUAGCAGAAAACCAAAAACAUAAAUACCAACCCAAAGAAAACUCAGAGAGUUUCGAUGAAUGGUUGGAAAAGAAAAGACUUCAAGAGUGUCGGGAAAGAUUACGUAGUCGAUCAGAUGAAGGUUCUCAAGGAAGCGAUUCAGAAGAUGGGAAAUCAACAGCUUAUGAUGAUUGGUUGAGGAAACGUGGUCACCGGAAGUUGAAUGAACAACGCGAGAUGACCGUGGAAGAACUGUACAGAUGGAAUGAUCGGCCAUUACGCGGUGUGGUCAUGAUCGGCCAGUCACAGGUAGAAGACAAAGACACUGUUUCACAGACACCAGAAACAAACUUGCGUGUUUAUCAAAACUGGAAACAGAAGCGACCCAAACCAAGGCAGCGACCUGUAGAUACAGAAACACAAAAGAAAGAACUGGAGAAAAAAAGGCAACAACUUCUGGCGGCAGCUGUGACGUUCGAUGAUUGGUUGGACCACACGGAAGAGAAGAAGCUAUUGAUGAAACAAAUCCUCAAAGCUAACAUGAAGGAACUGGAGAAAAUUGAAGAAGAAAACAUCAAAAAACGUUCACCAAGACAGAUAAGUUUUCAGAAAUGGAAUGCCCAGGCUCAGAAGCGGGAAAUGGCGGAUAGGAAGAAAAUGGAGGAAGAGCGAAUGUUUCAGGAAGCGCUUAGAGCUGAGCAGAUGCGCAGUAGUGCUUGUGUUACUCAUGCUCUUUGGUUACAGAAGAAAAGAGAAGAAGUUAAAUUAAAACAAACUGUAAAUAAAAACGACACGACAACAAAACAACGAGUGCAAAAUAAACCUUUAAAUGGUACAACGAAAUUAGAAGAUAUAACUAAAGGGAGAGAACUUCUACAACUUUUAAGAGAUAAAAGGCGAGGCUCGGCAGUGGCAAGCUAAUCAAUUAUUUUGUAAUAUUAUUUCCAAAGUGUUUCAUUGUCAGUGAUAUGAUUACUUUUCUGAGAUUCAAAGAUGUGUUUCUCUUCGUCGCAGUGAGUUAACUAUGUUGACGAUCAAAACCAUGUUGUCCCAAAUUAAAUUUAUAUAUUCAAUAA